CAACAACAACAACAACAGCAUAACAGCAUCAUCAGAUUGCCAAACAGAAUUUCUGCGCAAGUGCAGCAGAGCAGACCUCUCAUCUCCCCAAACGAGGAAGCGAGAGGCCAACAAACUUGACGAAAGAGAGAGCAGGGCUCCCCCAAGAGAGAGAGAGGCAGAGCUCCCAGAGCGACGCGCGCAACUUUCGUUCAGUUUUUGGGGAGCAGUAUCGUUGAAUGUCGUCGGCAUUUAAGUUUAAAACGAGGAGCCAAAGAGAAGAGAUCGACCGCGAGGCGCAACGGAAUACAAAAAGCGUCAAAGAAAUAAAAGAAACAAACCCAAACCGAAACUCAUAAAACGAAAAAAAAUUGCAAACUAAAUAAAUAAACAAAGAUCGGGAUAUCAGAUGUCGGGCCAAGAUAAAAAUACGCACAACUUCAAAUAUAAAUAUUAAUGCAAACAGCAGCGCAAAGUGUAAAACGCAUCGGACACCACUUGACGAAAGUAGAGUGAUGUGAUGUCAUAAUAAAACUUUGCCCUUAUCGACAAAAAUACAACAAAAAGUAGAAAAAAAAGAAGUGCAAAAACGAUAUCAGCGGAAAAGCGAGGUAAAAGUUAAUAAACACCCGCCAACGAAAUCGAAUUGCAAUUUGUGAUAAUAACCACCAGGCGAGAAGCAUGACGGACUACAUGGAUUACCUGGAAAGGGCCUGGGAGUAUGCGGAAUGGCUACCCUAUGUAAUGGUCACCUACGUGCUGAUCACCCUGCUGCCCAAGUCGCUGAUCCGGAUGAAACGCUUUGCGGAUGCGGACUACGAGGCGAAUAGGAACAACUACCAUCGCUGCUACGGUCCCGAGCUGUGCUGCCAUGUGCUGGCCCAGGACAAGGUGAAGCCCAAGGCCAGGAAGCCGGUGACCCGGGUUUAUCCCAAGCGACAGCAGGUGGUGGCGCCCAAGGUGGAGCACCUUCCUCCGCCAAGUCCGGCGCCUGUGAAGCGCAGCAAUGUCACUAAGAUUGCGCGAAUGUUCGAGACGGGCAACACGCGACAGGUGAGCCGAGUGGCACCUGUUACCCUGCCCGAGAUCCGCAUGUUUGGAGCCAGCACUGAGGGAUCCAGGGACUCAACGCCCUGUGCCUCGCGAAAAACUAGCAUUGCAAGUCAGCUGACGGCCCAACUGCAGCACAUUGAACAGGCCAUGCACUCGAUGCACUUGUGGCAGGAACUGGAGGAGGAGUCGCCCAAGAAGUCGCCCGCAUCCCACAGCGAUUGGGAGCCCAUGGCAGUGCCAGUUUCGAGGCGUACCCGGGGUACUUCAGCCACGCCCUCCACGGCAUCACCCCUCUCCAGUUCCCCGGAACCGGAGCAAUCAGCUUCGCCAGCGCUACUGAGGAAACCACCUUCGCUGUGCCUGCAAACCAGCAUGGAGGACAUCUUCCAGGUGAUUGCACGCAGUGCCGAGGAGCCAGAAGAUUGUCCCGAUUGCCAUUGCUUGUCGCCGGUGACCUGCAUCGAUGAUAUACUCUCCGAAAGGAGGUUCUCGCGUCCCCUGUCCGCCUACUCCAUCACCGAUCUCCUCAACGAAGAGCAGGCCUCCUGUGUGGAGGAGACCACCUACAUCAACGAGACCAGAUGAGGGAUACCCACCCACCCACCCAUCCCAUCCAGGGUCAUUUUAAAGUGCCAUCCCCAAGGGCUCAGAUGGAAGACUUCCAGUCCAGGCGCUUUUGUUCAGGAAACAAAGCCACAGGAGACCUUGCCAAGCCUCAGUUUUCCUCAAUUUUGUUUGUUUAAUCGGCGAAAGCUUAAGCAAAUCAAAGUAGAAAGUCUAAAACUCAAGUCGCAAUUGGCAAUCGCUGCCUGUACUUAGAAAACCUUGUUAAUUGUAUACAAGUUUGUAUUGUCCGGAAUCCAGAAUCCUAAAGCCCAAAUUGUAAUUGCCAAGCAUCUCAUUAAUAAGUAGAGAACAGUACUGCUAAACUAAUAUGCUGAUUGUAUGUAUUAACUUUAAAUGAAUAUGAAUUUGUAUGUAUUACCCAUAAAUAAAUAUGAAUUUGUAUGUUAGUAUUACUUAUUGUUAAAUGUACUAUAUAUGUUAUAAAUACAAAUUGUAUCAAAUGCAAAACCUAAUUAUAUUCGAAAUAAAGAGAAAACAUUA